GCGUCCUCUACGCAGCAGACAGAGCGAGAGCGCUUUGUUGUUUCGCGCUCUCGCUCGCACACCACGCUUCUUUGUUUUGGCGAUGAUAUAAAGGCUCGGCGCGACCACGCCGCUCGAAUAUUACAGAGUGCAGCCGAGUAAGAGGCGUUUCGCGUUUCGAAGCGGCAGCAGUUGAACUUAAAAACUUUUUUAAAAAUCUCAGUGUUUUCGGCCAGUGACUUUUGUGCAGUGAUCAGUGAUGAGGCCGCCUACGGAAUACGAGGGAGGUGCGAGGGUGCCGACUGAGGCUGAGGAGGUGGACCAGCGGGCGCCGGCGAUGAUGAUCUGCGCCCGGCUCGCGGGCCGGGCCAUCAUCCGCGUUGUUGGACGCUGCGAGGAUGCCCAGGAAAACAGCCAGCUCGACCUCUCAGAAUGCCAGCUGAUGCAAGUCCCAGACGCAGUCUACCACCUCAUGCGACACACGGAGCUGAAGAGCUGUGAUCUCAGUGGCAAUGUUAUCACCAAGAUACCUCCCAAGUUUGCUGUCAAAUUCAGUUUGAUCACAGAUUUGAACCUGUCAAACAAUCAGAUGGCCAGGUUGCCAGAUGAGCUGUGCACACUGGCAUGCCUGGAACGACUGGACAUCUCCCACAACAGCUUUGUAGCGCUCCCGGCCAUUGCCUGCCAGUGUCCCAGCCUUCAUACGCUACAUGCACACCACAAUCAGAUCAUUGAGGUAGACGUGGACCGGUUGGCGCGGUCGCGCGCCCUCGAGUACGUGGACCUGAGUGACAACCCCCUCCCCCCGCGCGUGCACGACGAGCUCAAGCAGCUGUCGCGGCCCUCCGUCGCCGUCUCCGAGCGAGUCAAGGAGGACUGGGAGGAGGACCUCCUCCUCUAGGAGAAUUAGGACUAGGAGACUAGGAGGCUAGCACUCGCGGGGCCAGAGCUUACUUCAUACGGGCUUGUGAUACUCUAUUUAGUAGUUGUGAAUGUCCGUCUUUUAUGAUAAGUACAAUGCUUUUUAACUGAUAUUUUUAUUAGUAAUAUCAAUGAGAAUAGAGUCUACGAAGUUAUAUAGGUCUUUGGUAAUAUCAAGGCUAAUUUUAUAUAGGAUUUACAGUCUCCAUACUAAGAAUCGUACCUUAUUUUUUUAGCGCCACCUAUUAAAUACUAUCAUAACUACACUGAU